UAUAUAAGGCUCCCAGGACUGGCCAUUGGAGCCGCACGGGUGGCAGCAGCAGGCCUGCCGGGCCCAGCGCGAGCUCCUCUCCACGGUGCACCAUGCUCCGGCCGUGGCUGCUGCUGUCCUGCUGCGGAGCCCUGCUCAGCACUGGUCUGGCCGACACUUCCUACACCAGCCCAGGCCUCUGGAGGCUGAAGGACUCUCCACAGACAGCCCCGGACAAAGGCCAGUGCUCCACGUGGGGGGCUGGUCACUUCUCCACCUUCGACCACCAUGUGUACGACUUCUCGGGGACGUGCAACUACAUCUUCGCGGCCACGUGCAAGGACGCCUUCCCCACCUUCAGUGUCCAGCUGCGGCGAGGUCCAGACGGGAGCAUCUCACGGAUCAUCGUGGAGCUGGGGGCCUCCAUCGUCACCGUGAGCGAAGCCACCAUCUCAGUCAAGGACAUCGGGGUCAUCAGCCUGCCCUACACCAGCAAUGGGCUCCAGAUCACACCCUUUGGCCAGAGUGUGCGGCUGGUGGCCAAGCAGCUGGAGCUAGAGCUGGAGGCCGUGUGGGGCCCUGACAGCCACCUCAUGGUUCUGGUGGAGCGGAAGUACAUGGGCCAGAUGUGUGGGCUCUGCGGGAACUUUGACGGGAAGGUGACCAAUGAGUUUGUCAGUGAGGAGGGCAUGUUCCUGGCACUCCACAAGUUCGCUGCCCUCCAGAAGCUGGACGACCCCGGUGAGAUCUGCACCUCUGAGGACAUCCCCAACACCCACGUCCGGCAGGUCCAGCAUGCCCAGAUCUGCACACAGCUGCUGACCCUGGUGGCCCCCGAGUGCAGCGUGUCCAAGGAGCCCUUCGUGCUAAGCUGCCAGGCAGACGUGGCCGCAGCCACCCAGCCAGGCCCACAGAACAGCAGCUGUGCCACCCUGUCCGAGUACUCCCGCCGGUGCAGCAUGGUGGGCCAGCCCGUCCGCCGCUGGCGGGGCCCCGGCCUGUGCUCCGUGGGUCAGUGCCCAGCCAACCAGGUGUACCAGGAGUGCGGCUCGGCCUGCGUGAAGACCUGCUCCAACCCGCAGCACAGCUGCUCCAGCUCCUGCACCUUCGGGUGCUUCUGCCCAGAAGGUACGGUCCUGAAUGACCUCUCCAGUAACCACACCUGCGUGCCCGUCACCCAGUGCCCCUGUCUGCUCAACGGCGCCAUGUAUGCCCCCGGGGAGGUCACAAUAGCCGCCUGCCAAACCUGCCAGUGCACCCAGGGCCGCUGGGCGUGCAGGGAGCGGCCAUGCCCCGGCCACUGCUCCCUGGAAGGUGGCUCCUUCGUCACCACGUUCGACGCCAGGCCCUACCGCUUCCAUGGCGCCUGCACCUACAUCCUCCUCCAGAGCCCCCAGCUUCCUGAGGAUGGUGCCCUCAUGGCUGUGUACGACAAGUCCGGCUUCUCACAGUCCGAGACCUCCCUGGUGGCCGUGGUCUAUCUCUCCAGGCAGGACAAAAUUGUGAUCUCUCAGGAUGAGGUGGUCACCAACAACGGAGAAGCCAAGUGGCUGCCAUACAAGACUCGCAACAUCACGGUCUUCAGGCAGACGUCCACCCACCUCCAGAUGGCCACCAGCUUCGGGUUGGAACUCGUGGUCCAGCUGCGCCCCGUCUUCCAGGCCUACAUCACUGUUGGGCCCCAGUUCAGAGGUCAGACCAGAGGGCUCUGUGGCAACUUCAACGGGGACACUACGGAUGACUUCACCACCAGCGUGGGUAUCGCCGAGGGCACCGCCUCGCUGUUUGUGGACUCCUGGCGGGCGGGGAACUGUCCAGCCGCUCUGGAGCGUGAGACUGACCCCUGCUCUAUGAGCCAGCUCAACAAGGUGUGUGCGGAGACCCACUGUUCCAUGCUGCUGAGGACAGGCACGGUGUUCGAGAGGUGCCAUGCCACAGUGAACCCCGCGCCCUUCUACAAGGUGAGGGCCCGAGGGCGUCUUGGGAGGGCUGCAGGGAAGGCCGUGGUGGCUGACAUGGUCUCAGGCACCCAAAGGCAUAGGUUUGGGGCCCCCACAUCCCCAGGGCAGGGUGCCUGCCACCAGCCCAUGCUGGCUCUCUGCCCGCAGAGGUGCGUGUACCAGGCCUGCAACUACGAGGAGACCUUCCCCCACAUCUGCGCUGCCCUGGGCGACUAUGUACACGCCUGUGCCUCACGGGGCGUCCUGCUCUGGGGCUGGAGAAGCAGCGUGGACAACUGCACCGUCCCCUGCACGGGCAACACCACCUUCAGCUACAACAGCCAAGCCUGUGAGCGCACCUGCCUGUCGCUGUCAGACCGUGCCACCGAGUGCCAUGCCAGCGCGGUGCCCGUGGACGGUUGCAACUGCCCCAAUGGCACCUACCUGAACCACAAGGGCGAGUGUGUGCGCAAGGCCCAGUGCCCGUGCACACUGGAGGGUUACAAAUUCAUCCUGGCCGAGCAGUCCACCAUCAUCAACGGCGUCACCUGCUACUGCAUCAACGGGCGGCUGAGUUGCCCGCAGCGACCACAGAUGUUCCUGGCCACCUGCCAGGCCCCCAAGACCUUCAAGUCCUGCAGCCAGUCCUCCGAGAACAAGUUUGGGGCGGCCUGUGCCCCCACAUGCCAGAUGCUGGCCACUGGUGUUGCCUGCGUGCCCACCAAGUGUGAGCCUGGCUGUGUCUGUGCCGAGGGCCUCUACGAGAAUGCCGACGGGCAGUGUGUGCCCCCUGAGGAGUGCCCGUGUGAGUUCUCAGGGGUCUCCUACCCUGGGGGAGCUGAGCUCCACACCGACUGCAGGACCUGCACCUGCUCCAGGGGGAGGUGGGCCUGCCAGCAGGGCACCCACUGCCCGUCCACCUGCACCCUCUAUGGGGAGGGCCAUAUCGUCACCUUCGACGGCCAACGCUUCGUAUUCGACGGCAACUGCGAGUACAUCCUGGCCACGGUAUCCACCGGGCGCGGGGCCGCGGGGCCCGGGGACCCAGAGGCACGUCCCCCAGGGCUCCUCCUCAGUGCCCUCUCCCUGCAGGACGGGUGUGGUGCCAAUGAUUCACAGCCCACCUUCAAGAUCCUGACAGAGAACGUCAUCUGUGGGAACUCCGGGGUCACGUGUUCACGCGCCAUCAAGAUCUUCCUGGGGGGCCUGUCCGUGGUGCUGGCAGACAGAAACUACACGGUCACCGGGGAGGAGUCCCACGUGCAGCUCAGUGUGAGGCCGGGCACGCUGAGCCUUGUCGUGGACAUCAGUGUCCCCGGAAGGUACAACCUGACACUCAUCUGGAACAGGCACAUGACCAUCCUCAUCAGGAUCACCCGUGCCUCCCAGGAUCCCCUCUGCGGCUUGUGUGGCAACUUCAACGGGAAUAUGAAGGACGACUUUGAGACGCGCAGCAGGUACGUGGCGUCCAGCGAGCUGGAGUUCGUGAACUCGUGGAAGGAGAGCCCGCUGUGCGGGGACGUGCGCUUCGUGGCGGACCCCUGCAGCCUCAAUGCCUUCCGGCGCUCCUGGGCCGAGCGCAAGUGCAGCAUCAUCAACAGCCAGACCUUUGCUGCCUGCCACAGCAAGGUAUACCACCUGCCCUACUACGAGGCCUGCGUGCGCGACGCAUGUGGGUGUGACAGUGGCGGGGACUGUGAGUGUCUGUGUGACGCUGUGGCCGCCUACGCCCAAGCCUGUCUAGACAAGGGUGUGUGUGUGGACUGGAGGACCCCGGACUUCUGCCCCAUCUACUGCGGCUUCUACAACACACACACGCAGGACGGCCACGGCGAGUACCAGUACACCCAGGAGGCCAACUGCACGUGGCACUACCAGCCCUGCCUCUGCCCCGGCCAACCACAGAGCAUCCCAGGCAGCAACAUCGAAGGUGCCAGGUGGCGGGGAGGUGACGCAGAUACACAGGGGGACCCAUUCACUCAUUCAUGCACAUUCAUUCACACACAUUCACUCAUUCACACACAUUCGCUCAUUCACACAUUCGAUGAGUACUUCGACCACGAGGAGGGGGUGUGCGUGCCCUGCAGGCUGCCCGGCUUCAGGGCCAAGCAGGCAGCGGGGAGGGUGCUCCCCAAGGAUGUGCCAGUGCCCUGCAGCCCUGAUGGCAUGUCCGUCCACCCAGGCUCACGGCCCACACAAGUCUGGCCCACAACGGGAACCUCCACCACCAUCGGGCUUCUCAGCUCCACCGGACCCUCACCCAGCUCCAAACACACCCCUGCCAGCCCCACCCAGACACCCCUCCUUCCAGCCACUCUCACAUCCUCCAAGCCCACGGCCUCCUCGGGAGAAUCACCUAGACCAACCACGGCCGUCACCCCACAAGCCACAUCAGGGCUGCCUCCCACAGCCACACUGAGAUCGACAGCCACAAAACCCACAGUGACCCAGGCCACAACCAGGGCCACGGCAUCGACUGCCAGCCCAGCCACAACGUCCACAGCUCAGUCCACAACACGGACCACGGUGACACCACCAACACCAGCCACACCAGGGACAAGCCCCACGCUGCCAAAAUCAACAGAUCAGGAACUGCCAGGAACAACGGCCACCCAGACGACAGGCCCACGUCCAACCCCAGCAAGCACCACGGGCCCAACCACCCCACAGCCAGAACAACCCACGAGGCCCACAGCCACAGAGACAACUCAAACAGGAAUGACUACUGAAUACACAACGCCCCAAACCCCACACAUCACACAUUCCCCACCAGUGGGGAGUCUCGUUACUUCCACAGGUCCUAUGACUGCAACAUCCUUCCAGACCACCACUACCUAUCCAACACCAUCACACCCUCAGACCACACUUCCCACUCACGUUCCACCUUUCUCCACCUCCUCAGUGACUCCAACUACUCACACAGUCGUCAUCCCUACCCACGCACAGAUGUCCACUUCUGCCUCUAUCCACUCAACGCCAACAGGCACCAUUCCUCCACCAACAACAGUCAAGGCUACAGGGUCCACACACACAGCCCCACCAAUGACAGGGACCACCAGUGGGACCAGCCAAGUCCACAGCUCAUUCAGCACAGUCAAAACCUCUACAUCCCUACAUUCACAUGGUUCCUCCACACAUCAUCCAGAAAUCACCCCAACUUCUACCAUCGCAAUUACUCCCAACCCCACUAGUACAGACACCGGAACCCCUGUGGCCCACACCACCUCGGCCACCAGCAGCAGGCCACCACCACCCUUCACCACACACUCUACACCUACAGGGAGCAGUCCCACCACUUCCAAAGGUUCCACCUUCAUCCACCUCGUCAGUGACUCCAAGUCCUGUGACUACCACACUCAAGACCACCACUACCUAUCCAACCACUUCACACCCUCAGACCACACUUCCCACUCACAUUCCACCUUCGUCCACCUCACUGAUGUCCACUUCUACAUCCAUCCACUCAGUGCCAAUAGGCACCAUUCCUCCACCGACAACGGUCCAGACCACAGGUUCCACCCACACAGCCCCACCAAUGACGGCAACCACCAGUACAAUGACUGCAACAUCGUUCAAGACCACAAUUACCUAUCCAACCCCAUCACACCCUCAGACCACACUUCCCACUCACGUUCCACCUUUCUCCACCUCCUUGGUGACUCCAACUACUCACAUAGUCAUUACCCCUACCCACACACAGAUGUCCACUUCUACCUCCAUCCACUCAACGCCAACAGGCACCAUUCCUCCACCGACAACGGUCAAGGCUACAGGUUCCACCCACACAGCCCCACCAAUGACAGCGACCACCAGUGGGACCAGCCAAGCACACAGCUCAUUCAGCACAGCCAAAACCUCUACACCCCUACAGUCACACACUUCCUCCACACACCAUCCUGA